AAGGAACAGCUAAGUUAGCCUACCUGAAGCGUGAAGGUCAAGGUAGAUACCAUCGCCGCUACGAUGCUAGAGUGGCUCUUGGGCAAGAACUUCAAUCCUGACCAGGACAUUCAAGACUUGUCAGGCAAAGUCAUCUUGAUCACCGGCGGGAAUACCGGGUUGGGCAAAGAAACCGUGCUCAGACUGGCCAAACAUCAUCCCAAAGAGAUCUUUCUGGCUGCUCGCACGCAAUCCAAGGCCGAGGAUGCUAUCAGUGACAUCAAGAGACAGGUGCCUGAUUGCAAUGUGUCUUAUAUGAAGCUAGACCUCACGUCUCUGCUGUCUGUCAAAGAGGCCGCGGAUGAGUUCAAGUCCAAAGCUGAUCGCCUUGAUAUCCUGAUCAACAAUGCGGGAAUUAUGGCCACGCCAUACUCCAAGACAAAGGACGGCUAUGAGAUUCAGUUUGGCACAAACCACGUUGGCCAUGCUUUGCUCACGAAACUGCUUCUGCCAACGCUCCUCCAAACUGCCGAGCAACGCGAUGCCGAUGUACGGAUUGUCAAUGUCGCCUCGGAAGGACACUAUCUGGCACCAGGCAUCAUUUACGACCAAGACCUGUUGGCUCACUACCAAACCAUGCGUCGAUACGGCCAAUCCAAGCUGGCUAAUAUCCUCCAUGCUGGCGAGCUCCAACGACGUUACCCGCAAAUCACAUCGACCGCAUUGCAUCCCGGCGUGAUCUUUACUGACCUCUACGCGAGUCAGAUGGAGACGAGCCUAAUCAGCAGAAUUGUCAUGCCACUGAUGAGCCACAUUCUGUUGGAUGUUCCCGGUGGUGCCAAAAACACGCUGUGGGCUGCUACAGCGGACAAGAAAGAAGUCGGCUCUUCACAUUACUGGAAGCCUGUUGGGAUCAAGAGCGGCGGAAGCUUUUGGUAUGCGCAAAAGCCAGAGCUCGCAAACGAGCUGUGGGAGUGGACAGAGAGUCAGCUGGAGAUGCAGUUGAAGAAGUUGAGCUGAUUGAUGUGUACAUGUAUCUUCCCAGUGUUCAAUUUUCCCCUUCUCCAAAGGUAGAACACCGCAUGCAUGCUGUAAUAAUAGGUACCUAUAUGGGGAAGAGCUGAGCGCCUGACUCGCGCGAAUGACUCCACUUUUUCCACA